CUCGCAGAGAAAACAACAAUACUUGGUGUAGCCGUUUUGUAGUCCCAUCAAAAUGGCGAUUAACUUUAAAUCACCACAUAUCUGCCACUCAUACUUCUGGCAGUGUACACCUAAGAGGAUGUUCUCCAUCUUUGCAUAUGUUUCUUGUUUGUGGACGGUAUACGCAAUAUGUAUUGAAGGCAGAAUAUUUCCAUUGUGUAAUAAGACAGCCUUAAGGCUCACCUUAAAAGCGUCUAUAAAUAAUCGCCAUUCUUCGGGAACGUACCUCAUGUUCAUUGCUGCCAUUAGACCAGCAACAUCCUUACAAACAGUGAGUUCACCUUCUGUUUGAUAGAAUUUAUCACAGUUUUUAUUUCGAGUACGAAAUGUUGUCACUUUCACAGAUUGAUCUAGAAGACUCCACUGUUGUAGCCUCGAGGCCAAAAGCUUCGGCAGUUCGAGAUCCUUGAUGAGGUCAUUAAGCUCACUUUCUAUGAUCUUUUGUGGUUCAGAAGGAUAGAGGGUUGUACAAAAUGGUGGAUCUCUUGACGUAGACGGCUGCUGUACUUCUUCGUGUGUAUCAAGCUCAACAUGAACAUCAUCAGUGUCUUCAUCUUCAUCAGACUCUACAGAAAACCUUUCUAGUGGUUCACCGUGAGCGACGGGGGGAAUUGCAGAUGGUAUAUUUGGUGCUGUUAUGGAUAAUUACCUACUAUUAUUUAUGAUUAUCUUCGCGGUAAUAUUUUUCCACACAACCUGCCAAACUUCUUACGGUGGUAACAACGAUAUGACGACGGUGGUCCGUCGGAAGCGUUUUGUUAUUUUUCCACGAGGCAGCACAUUCUCGCUUGCAUUUAGCAAUAAAAUAAGGACUGUGGCAGGGGGAAAUAUAUUUACAUCUGGAAUGAACUGGGCUGUUGCUUUCGAUCUGCCUAAUCACACUCUUCGCAAUCCUCACACAAAAAGGAUUAUACCACCGCUUAUCCUGCGACGUCAAAGACGGGAACUGUAUCGGAGACUGGAAACAGCAAUGGACUCAGCGGGGGUGGACGGUCGUACUUGCAUCAAGAAAGCGUUGUGCGAAGCAGCUCAGAGACUGAGAGUUGGGGCAAACCUCUGGGAGGAAAUAAUGAGAGUCUUAUUCACGCUUCCACUGCAGGAAGUUGAUGUCUAUGAGCCAAUAGAACACCACUUUUACGACGCGGCUCACCGACUAGGACUGUCUAAUCGCAGUUGCCUAAAACAAUACGGCACUUGUAAAUUUUCUUUGAUUGAUAUGGUCCUCGGAUAAUACACUGGACCGCUAUAAAACUUGCAAGAUAACAAACAUCUGAACUGUUAUUCAAGGAAGAAGAUAAACAUAAGAAAUACAAACAUGCAUGAAUGCUCUUACUGGAAAAUUCCACUUUAAUAAUGCGACUAUUUUAUUGCGAAGCCCUUAAACCGUCUGUAUUAAAAUAUAUGUGCAAUAAAACAAUUAACAAUAAAUUAAUUAUAAUAACUCAGGUUUUAAAACAUAUUUCUCAUAUUAGGGUGGCUAACAACUACUCUGAAAAUGUGACAA